AUGCCGUUUUCAAACAGAGAGGCGCCCUGGAAAUCGCUCGUGAGAAAAUCACUGCGCGCGAUUUACACCCGGUUUCACACCCGCCUCUGCUUCACGCGCAUUGGCCUCGACGGUAUGCCACCCCAAUACCACGGCUUCCUUUCCCGUCAAGUUCCCUUCCCGCGCCCUCCUUUCCCGUCGCCCGCGCAACAUUCCCGUCGCCCACCCUACCCGUUGCCCGCGCUUCUUCCCGUCGCCGUCCGUAAUAUUCGUCAGUCUCCCGUCGGCUCGUCCCAUCGUUUUCCCUGUCUCCCUCUCUCUCCGUCGCCCUCGCAAUCCGGGUCUCCCUCUCUCCCCCUCGCCCUCGCUUUCCCCGUCAAUGAGGCACCGCCGCCCUCCCUUUCCCCGUCGCCCUGCCAUCCACUGCUCGUCUCCCUCGCCUUCCCUCCCGCCUCCCUUCCCAUCUCGCACGCGUGUCACCCUACCCCGUGCCCUGCUUCCCCCCCUCCCCGCCUCCUCUACCCCCCAUCCACCUCCCUGCGUCCCCCCAUCCUCUUCAUUCAUUCCCCACCUCCCAAGCCCUGCUUCCCCCCAUCCGCAUUUCUGCUUCCCCCCCUCCCCAUCCAUGCUUCCCCAUGUCCUCUUCCCUGCUUCCCCCCCUCCCCAUCCAUGCUUCCCCAUGUCCUCUUCCCUGCUUCCCCCCCUCCCCAUCCAUGCUUCCCCAUGUCCUCUUCCCUGCUUCCCCCCCUCCCCAUCCAUGCUUCCCCAUGUCCUCUUCCCUGCUUCCCCCCCUCCCCUUCCCUGCGUCCCCCCAUCCCCUUCCCUGCUUCCCCCCAUCCCCUUCCCUGCUUCCCCCCAUCCCCUUCCCUGCUUCCCCCCAUCCCCUUCCCUGCUUCCCCCCAUCCCCUUCCCGUCUUCCCCCCAUCCCCCUCCCUGCGUCCCCCCAUCCUCUUCAUUCUUUCCCCUUCUCCCAAACCCUGCCCCCCCCCAUCCGCAUUUCUGCUUCCCCCCAUCCCAUCCCCUGCCCAGCUUCCCCCUAUCCCCUUCCCGUCUUCCCCCCAUCCCCUGCCCUGCUUCCCCCCAUCCCCUGCACUGCUUCCCCCCAUCCCCUGCCCUGCUAAACCCCCAUCCCCUUCCCUGCUUCCCCCCAUCCCCUUCCCGCGUUCCCCCUAUCCCCCUCCCUGCUUCCCCUCACCCCCAUCCCUGCUUCCCCCCAUCCCGUGCCCUGCUUCCCCCCAUCCCCUUCCCGCCUUCCCCCCAUCCCCCUCCCUGCGUCCCCCCAUCCUCUUCAUUCUUUCCCCUUCUCCCAAACCCUGCUCCCCCCCAUCCGCAUUUCUGCUUCCCCCCAUCCCCUGCCCAGCUUCCCCCCAGCCCCUGCCCUGCUUCCCCCCAGCCCCUGCCCUGCUUCCCCCCAUCCCCUUCCCUGCUUCCCCCCGUCCCCUUCCCGUCUUCCCCCCAUCCCCCUCCCUGCGUCCCCCCAUCCUCUUCAUUCUUUCCCCUUAUCCCAAGCCCUGCUUCCGCCCAUCCGAUUUUCUGCAUCCCCCCCUCCCCUUCCCUGCUUCCCUGCAGUGUCUCCUCGACCGCCACUCCACUUUGCUCCCCACACAUUUCACCGCCCUCCCGCCAUACACUUCUGCCAGUGCGCUCCUCGCCCUUCCUGCUGCCCAUUUAUUCCCGCCCCGCUCCUCCCCCUCACCCCGCUGCAUUCUGGACAGAGUCUAUUCCCCCUCUGCUUCACCCCUUCCCCUCCACAGUCUAGUGCACAUGGUGGUGAAGGACAGGGUGGGGGGAUUCUUCGCCUCUUGGGAACACGCACCUUGCUCCGCCUCACUACACCAUUCCCUGCCUCUUCCCCCUCCACUACCCCCCCUCCCCUCCGUGCUUCUGCUAGCAUCCCUCCUGCUGCUCCCUCUGUUUUGUCCUCUCCUGCAAUCCCCUUCCAACACAGGCGCACCGCUUGCACCCCGCUCACACUACUCCGUGUACCCACCCACUGUGUCUCGGAUCUCAGCAGCAUCAGUUCCCACUGUUGGUGUUAGGUUGGAGAGGAUGGUACAAAGAGGAGGGGGAGAGCGCUGA